AUGAAGGGGUUUCUGUCUCUUCUGUUGGUUGCCAUCACUUGCAUGGAGUUUGUACACUCCUUGAAGUGUUACAGUUGCCAUGAACCCACCACUAGUGAUAAGUGCAUGAAAAUUCAGACCUGCAAGAAGAAUGAAACCAUUUGCAAGACUACCAUGUAUUCCUUGGAGGAUGUUUAUCCCUUCGUGGGAAUCUCCACAGUCACCAAGAUGUGCUCCUCUGUCUGCCUCCCAUCCGACGUGGACGGGAUUGGCAUGACGCGCCCUGUCUCCUGCUGCUACUCGAACUUGUGCAACGUCGACAGUGAUGGUGCAGCGAGUUUGAGGACCAGUUCUGUGCCACUUGGGAUGCUAGCAAGCUCCAUUUGUGCCUUCUUCUGGACAAGACUCUGA